GGCUGUUGUUGAGCGAACCUCAAGCGUUAUAAUUACAAUCAAAUCAGUCGUGUUUUGGAUUUCGAUAGCGACAAGUGCGAUUCGCGGCAGAGCAACAAAUAAAACUAAGUACUCAAAAGCAAUUGUCGAUAAUCGAUAGACAGAUUGUGAAUAUAUUUGUGUUUGAAUAUUGUAACAUCGCGUAAUGGGUGUCACUUGCAUAAUUGAUUUCGAUAACAAUCCUCAUGGCACAUACUUUGCGGGUCAAGCCGUCACGGGCAAGGUCACACUGAAAUUGGAUAAACUGAAGCUGGCAAGAGCGGUCACUUUGAACAUUAAUGGAUAUGCAGAAACUCACUGGACAGAAUCAAACAGCAACAACAACGAUAAGCACCACAACUCCACCUCAGACACUUACAGCGCACGUGAGGACUAUAUAGCAUCCCAGACCUAUUUAGUGGGUUCCCAUAUGAGCACGGAAGUUUCUCUUGAGCCUGGUGUACAUGUCUACAAUUUUGCCUGCCAUAUACCCGCCACAUGUCCCUCUUCCAUCGAGGGUCAUUAUGGUAGAGUGCGCUAUAUGAUAAAAGUGUCUUUAGUUAGACCCUGGAAAUUUGACCAAUCCUAUACACGCUGCUUUACGGUGCUGAAACUAAUGGACUUGAACUACGAUAGUCCCCUACUGAGGGUUCCUGCUCAUUGUGAGACCCAAAAAACAUACUGCUGUUGGCCAUGUAAAUCUGAUCCACUGCAACUGCAGAUGACGCUACCGCAGACAGGAUUUGUGCCGGGCCAGGUUAUUCCCGUUGACAUACUGGUCAAUAAUGACAGUCACAUACGGGUGGAGCUAUUGCAGAUCAGCCUGGUUAUGAUGGUCACCUACUAUGGCACACACAUGUCGACAACACACUCCCAGAACGAACGUUUUAUUGUCACCAAACUGAUGGGCGAUCCUGUGCCGAAUCAUUGCAAUAAACAGUUCAAAUACUUUCUCCGUCUGCCCGCCACGCCGCCAACUUGCUUUAAUGCAUGCAGAAUAAUACAGAUUGCCUACACAGUAGAGUUGAAAGCUAAAGUUAAGGGCUUCCACAUGGACGAGGUGGUCAAAGUGCCCCUGACCAUAGGCAGUGUGCCCCUGUCGGAAAACAUUCAAAUGCAGCCACGUGAUAUGCCGGGUUAUCCACCACAAACUCUAGACGUUACGGGCUUGGCUUAUCCUGCAGAGAUAGCGACAGCGCCACCUGGCGCAAAUUGGGACAGCAACAUUCAACCACCAAACUACGAGGAGGCUCUUCAUAUGAAAUCGCAUGGUGCCAAAAAUACAGAUGAAUUAGAUGGUAGUGCCGUACCAAACACGGUCAACUUGGAUGGCUCUAAUUUUAGUCCUCGGUAUCCCAUAUUCAAUAUACCAAGUCCUUCGGCGCCGAUGGACUCUGCUCUGAAUAAUAAUGAAAAUGUUAAUUCUGAAACGAAUGUGAACAAGGGAACUUGGAUUUGAACAAGAAAUCGCUUAAGGAUACCAAAUACAGGAAAACAUAACUAUAUUACUCUUAAGACGGUCUAGUCUUUGCUCUUGAAAACUUUACAAAAUAUUGAAUUAAAGGCUAUAAAUGUCAAUAAGUAUGUUUAUGAUAUGUAUAAUCCGUUUAUGAACUAUAUAAAAUGGGAUAAGUGGAAUGCC